GCUGUGAGACCCUAAACCGUUUAAGACCUGCAAAACCAGCUCAGACCGGUUUAAGAUGUUGUUGUUUUUCCAGUAUAAACCCUGACAGACUUUGAGACCCAGCGAUUCAGCUGCUACAAUGUCACAUUCGCUACACGUUACAUUGUAUCAUUCUUUACUCGCGCUGUUACGUCGAAACGUUCGAUUUACGAUCUCGUUCGUUACAGUGUUCCAGCAGUCAACGAUACUUUGUAACAGUUUUCCUGGUUCUAAACGGCCAUUACCAGGUGUGACCGACAGAGGCAGUGCUGAGUUACAGACCACAGCAGAGAUACAGGCAGAGAAUAUCACACAGAAAAAUACAGAGAGGGCGAGAGAACCGAAAAGAAGAGAAGAGCGCCUGGCAGGGGCUCACAGAGACCCCCGGAUCCAGAUGCAAGUUCAUAUCCCACCUUACCGAUCGAUAUGUGAGCAGUUUCAUCAAUCCCGUCGCCUGAAUGACGCCCGGGCUGCUUGAGACGUUGUAACCGAGUAGAAACAAAACCCUUCCCGGCGACCUUUUUUUUCUGUCUAUUGUGGAUCAUUUUCUCUCUUUGGAAUCGGAAUUGGAUUGAUCGUUCAUAAGGGCAGCGCGCAGAUUGGCUUCGAGGAAGUAAGAUGGGGUGUUUGGGGAGCAGUAAAACCGAAGACCAGCGCAUCGACGAGAAAACACAGCGAGAGGCCAACAAGAAAAUAGAGAAACAGUUGCAAAAAGAGAGGCAGGCUUAUAAAGCCACACAUCGACUGUUGUUGUUGGGUGCUGGGGAAUCGGGGAAAAGCACUAUCGUGAAGCAGAUGAGAAUUCUUCACGUCAACGGGUUUAAUGCGGAGGAAAAGAAACAGAAAAUUCAAGACAUUCGCAAAAAUGUGAAGGACGCCAUCGUGACCAUAGUGUCUGCAAUGAGCACUUUAAUACCACCCGUCCCGCUCGCCAAUCCAGAGGACCAGUUUAGGAUCGACUAUAUCAAAAGCAUAGCGCCGCUCUCGGACUUUGAUUACACACAGGAAUUUUUCGAUCAUGCGAAGAAGCUCUGGGAUGAUGAAGGCGUUAAGGCGUGUUAUGAGCGCUCCAACGAAUAUCAACUAAUCGACUGUGCACAUUACUUUCUUGACCGGAUUGAUGCAGUAAGACAAAGCGACUACACCCCAACAGACCAGGACUUGCUUCGCUGCAGAGUGUUAACUUCAGGGAUUUUUGAGACGCGAUUUCAAGUGGACAAAGUCAACUUUCAUAUGUUUGACGUGGGAGGUCAGAGAGACGAAAGGAGAAAAUGGAUUCAGUGUUUUAAUGACGUCACAGCGAUCAUCUUUGUGGUAGCGAGCAGCAGCUAUAACAUGGUCUUGAGGGAAGACAACAACACGAACAGGCUACGGGAAGCACUUGCUCUUUUUCGCAGUAUCUGGAACAACAGAUGGUUACGGACCAUUUCUGUCAUACUGUUUCUAAACAAACAAGACAUGCUGGCAGAGAAAGUGUUAGCUGGGAAAUCCAAAAUUGAAGAUUAUUUCCCUGAAUAUGUUUCUUACACAUUGCCUGAUAAAGUAACUCCUGAACCCGGUGAAGACCCCAAAGUGACAAGGGCCAAGUAUUUCAUUCGUGACGAGUUUUUGAGGAUCAGUACAGAAAGCGGAGACGGCCGUCACUACUGUUACCCCCAUUUCACAUGUGCAGUGGACACGGAAAACAUCCGCCGGGUGUUCAACGACUGCCGAGACAUCAUCCAGAGGAUGCACCUGCGGCAGUACGAACUCUUGUGAUCUCACUUCAGCUCUUCACAAACGUGUCUCCAAACUCCCUCUGCCCUCAAAACUCACAAGGCCAAAACCGCAGACGAAUAUACUACUGACAUUUGGCGCACCACACUUCGCUUUUUAGGUGUUUUAUUUGAACGGAGCGGAGAGGCUCACUGGGUUUUUCCCCCUACGUUUUUAUUUGGUUCGCCUAUAUUUUUCCAUUCCAUGAAGCCUCUGGCUACCUCCUUAUUUUUGAUUCAAAUUUGAUUCAUCGUGUAUAUAUGUAUACGUGCUGGCGCCUGCCAGAUUAUGAAGAUCGCAUCACCUUGUGACCUCCAGGAGUCCUAGUCUCGUACCCCGGACUUCUGGUCUACAGGGCUCUCUGCUGCUCUUUCUGUUUCUGAACACUGAAGAUCGCACGCGGACAGAAGCGGGAACAGGGAGGCGGGCCGGGGGAUGUCGAACACUUGGGGAAGUGAAGUGAAGUAAUGCACUUUUCCAUCAGGUUUUGACUGACGUUUUUCUUUACAAAGAUGGACACACAAUGUAGCAUCAAAUCAUGAAUUUCUGUCCCACUUAAGGCUGCGGAGAGGUCAGAGAAUGGUGGGGAUGAACACGCCCCUUUUAUGUGAAAGAGGCGGGGCCUUUGAAACAAGGAGGAGGGGCUCUGUGAAAAGGCGGAGCCUUUGAAUUGAGGAGGAGGAGGGGCUACGGAAACAUUGCUGAAGCCUCGGUUUGGUUUUGGGAACAUGACAGUGAAAAGAAAUGCCCCAUUUCUUAUUUUAGUUUUUUAACUUGUACAGACUGUACAAGGGUAACCACCCCCACCCCCCAACUUUCCUGUACAGACUAUAAAAUGUUAUAUUAUUUUGUACAACUUUAUUGAAAGAGAGUAAAAAAUCUACUUGUAGAUCUUUGUGCCUUGAUUAUGGCUGUACCUGUAAAUGAAGCUGAUACAUUUGUUUUGACUGCGCUGUACAGCUUGAUGUCACCCCUGUCGGCAGAAGGGACUGUGGAUGGGGACCUACUCUGUAGAGUUUAGUUUUUUUUUUCUGCUUUGUUUAUAUAAAAAGAGAAAAAGUUCUUUAUUAAAAAUAAAAUAAAUAUAGGAAAGAAAAAUCUUAACCUGUAUACAUUAUGCAAAUUGACCCCCACCCUUACCUGCGGUUAUGAUCGGACGAAGCGGCACCAUGCCUUUCUUUCUCGUUUUACGUUUUGUUUUCAGUUUAUUUUAAUUCUCUGAUUUAAAAACAGAAAAAAAGAAAAAAAAAGUUGAAUUGUCCAAAAUCACAACCUGGUGUUGUUUUCAAAGACCUUUUUUUUGGAUAUGAAGUAUGUUUGAGAUAUAUAUCCAUGUUUGUGUCUGUGAGAGCGUGUGUGUUCACGUACAGGAGACAAACAUUGAGCCACAGACGCAUGACAUCUGUAUGUGUUUCUGUGCGUGCGUGCGUGCCUGUGUGCAAGAGUGCAUUGUGUGCACUCUUUUAUAAAUGUGCGUACAUGUAAAUUUAUAGGUCUAUAUAAAUAUAUAUGUACAAUUCUACAUGUUUAAUUAUGUGUGUGUUGGCGUAUACAUACUUUAGUAUGUAUACAUUGAAGAUGUGUACUUACACACAUAGGUAAGCAUGUCUAGAGUGAAAUGAAUAAAUGAGAGUGCAAUAU